AUGUGCAACAAAACAAUCUAUCAAACACUGAAAGUCACGAGAUAUUUGAGAGAAGAUUCGUUUAUUGCUUCUCGAACACUCGAUCUUAUCGUUCUCGAACAUUCAAACUUUCUAAAAUUAAACCUUCGAUUUCUGAUUCUACCAUUAUUGGCUCUUGUAUACAACGACAAAUAUUUCAAGGCCGCACGGCGAGUUCAAAGAUAUGCCUACACUUUCCAGCCAAUAGCAUACACAUAA